ACUCUGAGCCCUGCUGUAAGUUCUCGCCAUCUCCAGCAACGACAGCAACGACUUUGGUGGUUCUCUUUCUCUUGGUUAUUAAAACACCUAAGCGUUGUCCCAACCUACCACUCACUCGUUCUUGUUCUUGUUCUUGUUCUCAUUUCUUGUUUCUCUUUUUUAACACCUUCCGAGGAGUUGUGUUUAUUAGUACGUGCAGAAGAAAGGUUGUUGUAUGAGUCAAAAAAUAGAAAAGCCAGUGCUAUCAGGUCAACGCAUAAAGACCCGAAAAAGAGAUGAAAAAGAGAAGUACGAUCCGACCGGAUUUAGGGACGCAGUACUCUUGGGUUUGGAGAAGGCCGACAAUGACUUAGACGCAGUAUCUAAAUAUCUUGAUACCGCAGGCUCAAAAUUAGAUUACCGUCGUUAUGGGGAAGCAUUAUUUGACAUUCUUAUCGCCGGCGGAUUGCUCGUACCCGGGGGAUCUGUUGCCCAAGAUGGUGACAAACUCGUCAAGACAAAAGCCUGCGUAUUCGAGCAGCCGAUGGAUAUGGAGUCGCUUAAAAAUUACGAGCAGGUCUUCAUAAAACUAAUGCGCCGGUACAAGUACUUGGAGAAGAUGUUCGAGGAAGAGAUGAAGAAGGUCUUGGUCUUCAUAAAAGGAUUCUCUGUUCAAGAACGUAUUAAACUUGCGCGCAUGACUGCUCUCUGGAUAUCAAAUGGUGCCGUUCCACCAACGGUACUCUCUGUCUUGAUAAACGAACAUCUCGUAAAAGAUAAUUUAGCCCUUGAUUUUCUUCUUGAAGUAUUUGUGACCUGGAAAAAUGAAAAAGGUCUACCGAGUCUCAUGACGGCCCUUAAACGCGGGGGAAUCGAAGGCCGGCUUAUGGAAUUCGUCCCGCCAAAUAAAAGAACUGAGGAAUAUUUCCGGUCGGUAUUUGAAUCUGUUGGGUUGGCUGAUAUCGUUAAGUUACACAAAAAUCAAGCGAGUCAGGAAGCAAAACGUGACCUUCAGCAGCUGCUUAUUGAUGACCUUGCUGACAAUCGACCUAUCAAGGACAUUGUCCUUGACCUUAAGGAAAUGGCUUUGAAAUGCGCGAUCCCUGAGCACGAAGUCAUUGGAUUGAUCUGGUCAACAGUAAUGGGCCUCGCUGAGUGGAAUAAAAAAGAAGAACUCGUUGCCGAACAAGCAUUAAAACAUUUAAAAAUUUAUACUCCAUUGUUUGGCGCAUUUACAACCACUGCCAAAUCAGAACUCGCUCUUAUUCUAAAAGUCCAAGAGUUCUGUUAUGAAAAUAUGAAUUUCAUGAAAGUCUUCCAGAAAAUCGUCUUAUUAUUUUACAAAAAGGACGUAAUUUCUGAGGAAGUUAUUUUAAAAUGGUACAAGGAGGGACAUUCGCUCAAAGGUAAAAUUCUUUUCUUGGAUCAAAUGAAAAAAUUUAUUGAGUGGUUACAAAAUGCUGAGGAAGAAUCUGAAUCAGGUGAAGAAGAUGAUUAAAUUUUAUUUAAUAAAAAAACCAACAACAGUAACAAUAAUACAUUUUUUUUUUGACUAAAAAUAUUGAUUAAUAAUCUACUCAAAUCUAAAAAAAAAAUUUCAAAAAAAAAUUCAAAAAUUAAAAAAAAAAAUUUUUUUUUUUCCGAAAUUAAUUAAUGGGAUACAAAAAUUAAUAACAAUAAUUGAAAUUAUAAGUCUGUCAUAAUUUUUUAUGGAUAAUUUUUCAUGCUCAUGGAUUUAAAAAUUUGAAUUUUUCCCGGCACUUUUUUUAAAUUUAAAUUUCCUCAACUUCACGGUAAAAAUUUAUCUCAUUUUUUUUUACAAAAUAUUUAAAAAUAAUCAAUAAUUAAUUUUUUAAAUUUCACUGAAAAAUUUUUUUCCAAGCGCAGGAAAAUUUUUUUUUUAAACGAGAUCAAAAAAUUAUUUUUCGUGUACGGAAAAAAUUUCUAGAUCUGAUUAAUAAAAAAAAUUAUAAUAAUUUUUUUAAUUGCAUAAAAAAAAUUAAUUUCCAUGAGCGGGAAAUUUAAAAAAUUAUCCAUUUAAUAAAUUAAUUGAAACUUUAAAUCAACUGAUGUAUGUAUGGGUGACGGGUGAAUUAAAUAAUUGCGCGUAUGAAAAAAAAAAAUAACAAAAUAAACCAA